AUGUCUGAGAACUCCGUUUGCUCACCAGUAUGUGGCUCAUGGGAAUCACUGGACUCGAAAGGUUGGAGGUUGGGUGCACGGACUAGAGGAUCGUGUAUACUGGCUUCGGUUAUGCCAACACACAUCCACAUCGCACCGUCUGCGCUCUGUCGAGAACACGAAGAGGUGAUAUCUACAAGGGAGCCCGACCGUGUCUGUCAUCGGGGGAUCGGGUACCAGGAUGCCAAAAUUCGGCUGAAAUCCGCAGAAAAAAAUCUGCAGCUCAGCCCAGAAAUCCGCAGACCAGCGCAUGUCCGACUUUCACUGGGCCUCAGGGCUUGUAGCCGACUCUCCGGGGGUCAGACGAUCCCAACGGUUGAGUUGAUCGAGGCACAGACCCAGCUUAGAAGCUCUUUGCUGAAGGGUGGGUGCUUCAAGAAUCAAAUUCCAGAAUUUCUCAGGCCUAUUCUUAAUGCUGGCAGCAAGUCGAUUUUCAAUCAUUGUCGAUAG